UCAUGCAGGGGCGCUUCCUCCGGUUUAGCGGUAGCAGUCUGAACCCAUUCCUCCCUGUGUCAAAUCUCUCCUAGCUCCUACCUCGUCUCCUCACCUCAUUUCCUCACCUCUCUCCAUCAACAUCACCGCUGUCCGGAUCACCUCCAGGCUCCAGCAGAACGAAGGGAUGCUGCCACCGCGUGAAUCCCACCGAGCAGUCCCCUAGGCCGGCUGCAGAGGAGCCGCAGUGCCGGGGGCUGUCUGGAGCUCUGGGGCCGCCGUGUUGCAUCGUCGAACCGGGUUAUUUUCGGGUCAUUUCUCGUGCCUGGGUCGUGCGGGGGUCCGUGGAUUACAUCGGUUCUUGGAGCAUACUCUCUCUCAUCUGGAUGUAACGGAGGCCCGGGAAAGGUCGCGCUGCGUUGCCCGGGCGCAGAGCUCGAACACCGGGGAGAGACUGGAGGGGUGACGUGUGAUUGGACGGAGCCAAAACAUGAAUCCUCUGAACCAGAUGAAGGCGGGGCUCAACAACCCUCACAAUGAUGGCUCGUAUCCUUAUGACUCGAGUUGGCAGCAGCCUCCGAACCAGCCCACAGGGUCUCUGUCUGUGGUCACGACUGUGUGGGGAGUCACCAACCCCUCGGCCUCUCAGGGCCUUGGAGGAGGUGUGAUGGGACCAGGCGCCUCUCCCUCUGCGGGGCCCAUGAUGCAGGGGCCCCCCUCUGGAAUGGGAGGGGGUCCUGGAGGCUAUAUGGGGCAGCAGGGCUAUGGCGAGCCCAACAAAGGCUACAUGAGCCAGGGCAUGUACGGGCGUGGGCCUGGGGGGUAUGGAGGGGCUCCAGGAGGCUACGGGGGCAGUUACCCGUCAAACCCCGGCGCAUCACGGGGCUCUGCAGACUUCACUCAGGCUGCUGCUGCCGCUGCUGUGGCUGCCGCUGCUGCUACAGCAACAGCCACCGCCACGGCAACCGUCGCCGCAGCGAUACAGGAGAAGCAGAACCAGGAGGUCAACUACGGACCUAUGGGUGCUCCAGGCUACAGUCCCCAGUUCAUGUCCGGUCCUCGAGGUCCAGGGAUGGGCCCAGGACCAAACCGAGCGCCUCAGUCGAUGGGGCCCAUGUUUGGAGGAGGGCCCCAGAGGCUCCCCCAGCACCCGAACUAUGGCCCCCAGCAAGGAGCCCACCUGAGGCAGCAGCAGGGACUCAAGCGGCCCUACAACUCCGAGUCGUUCCCGGGAAUGCCGCAGCAGUAUGGAGUCCCAGUCGGGUCUGGACCUGGGUCUGGUUCAGUCCCUGGGUCUUACUCUGGACCUAACAUGCCCUACCACACAGGUGCAGGAGGCCCUGGCCCUGCCCCCCAGCGCUCAGGCUCCUCCCCCUCGUAUCAGACUCAUAAAAUGGGGCUCCCUCAGUACCAGCCACCUGGACCCACUUCACAGCAGUUCUACAAGCAGGAGCAGUUUAACGGACAGGGCGCUGCGCUGACUUCUCUGUCAGCAGGGGGCGCUGGAGGAGUCUACAACUCAUUUAACCAGUCCUCAGGGCCUGGUCGAGGGCUGCCUGGUUACCCCAGUUCCCCGCUUCCUGGUAACCCAACUCCGCCCAUCACUCCUGGCAACAGCUCCAUGGCCCCGCCCUACAUGUCACCUGGCAACACUGACGUCAAGCCCACGCCCCCCUCCUUCCUGCCAGACGUCAAACCCAACAUGGCCACGCUGCCCCCUCCCCCCAGCACCGGAAACCCCAGUGACGACCUGCGGCUCACGUUCCCGGUCCGAGAUGGAGUGGUGCUGGAGCCAUUCAGACUGGAACAUAACCUGGCUGUGUCCAACCACGUGUUCCAAUUGCGAGAAUCUGUGUACAAGACGCUCAUCAUGAGGCCAGACUUGGAGCUGCAGUUCAAAUGUUACCACCAUGAGGACAGGCAGAUGAACACAAACUGGCCCGCCUCUGUGCAGGUGAGUGUGAACGCCACACCCCUCACCAUUGAGCGCGGAGACAACAAGACGUCACACAAACCUCUGUAUCUGAAGCAAGUGUGUCAGCCCGGACGCAACACCAUCCAGAUCACUGUGACGGCCUGCUGCUGCUCUCAUCUGUUUGUGCUACAGCUGGUGCACAGACCCUCUGUUCGCUCUGUGCUCCAGGGACUGAUGAAGAAGAGGCUGCUCCCGGCCGAGCACUGCGUCACUAAGAUUAAGCGUAACUUCAGUGCAGGUUCUGUGGCGGGAACGGCCGGUCUGAACGGAGAGGAUGGCGUGGAGCAGACGGCCAUCAGAGUGUCCCUCAAAUGCCCCAUCACCUUCAGACGAAUCCAGCUGCCAGCCAGAGGACACGACUGUAGGCACAUACAGUGCUUUGACCUGGAGUCAUACCUUCAGCUGAACUGUGAGAGGGGGACCUGGAGGUGUCCUGUCUGCAAUAAAACGGCUCUGCUGGAGGGUCUGGAGGUGGACCAGUACAUGCUCGCCAUCCUCAUCUACGUUCAGAACUCCGAGUAUGAGGAGAUCAGCAUAGACCCGGUCUGCAGCUGGCGUCCUGUCCCGAUUAAACCAGAUGUCCACGUGAAGGAGGAGUGUGAUGGGCCGCAGCUCAAACGCUGUCGCACGCUCAGCCCCAGUCACAUGGUCCUGCCCAGCGUCAUGGAGAUGAUCGCCUCACUCGGCCCCGCCCCCUCCUCUAUAGGCCCCGCCCCCUCUGCCUCCUCGCCCAUGCAGUUCCCCGGCCUCACUCCAGGGGGCAGCAACACGCCGGACUACAGCACGCCAGCUCCGUCCUACCCGACCCCAGGCCCUGGUCCUGGAUCUGGACCUGGCUCCACUCCAGGGCCACAGUCUGGACCAGGAUUUCCUGAGUACAGCACAGGGCCAGGGACCCCAGGACCACCCCCCCUGUCCUACCAGACUGAACUCAACCCACAGAUACAGAUGUCUGGUCGGUUGGAUUCCCAUGGUGCACCUGUGCCUCAGCAGCCUGGUCUCCACAGCAAUGGUUCUCAGGGGGGUGGGCCCAUGAUGCAGAGGGCGGGGCAGAACCGUCUCCAUGGCGAUGGAGCGUUUGGGCUCGGAGCAGACGUCCCAGAACCGUCUCUGGAUCUGUUGCCGGAGCUGACGAACCCUGACGAGCUGCUGUCCUACCUGGGCCCUCCUGAUCUGCCUAGCAACAACAACGACGACCUGCUGUCCCUAUUCGAGAACAACUGACCAAUCGCAGCGCUCUGAUCAACUCUGCUGACCAACCACAGCUCUCGUUCACAAGCACCGCACCGAUAAGCUUUUUCUGCCCGAACUCUGACCAAUGACAGGUCUCCAAAAUAACUUUACCGGGCAGAAACCGACCAAUCGCCUGCCUCAGUCUGACGUGAACUGACCAAUGAGAGGAGGCGCUGUAAAAUACGACCUCUCUGUAUGUAUUUGUUCUUUUAAACGGACUUGGAAAAAGACGUUUUUAAAAUCUUCAACUUGUGGCGAUCUGUGUUUUUAUUUCGUAUUUUUAUCAAACUGUACAUUUCUGUAGAGCUGUGUCCCUUCACUGUAACUGAAAAAGAACCAAAUUUUUACCAUUUUGGACUCAGCAGUUUUUAAAAUGAGGAAAAGCAAAAAGUUUGAGGGAAACGGGGAAGUUUGUUGAAUUCACAAAAAUAUUUAUCAAAUGUGUGCGUACGUGUCUGAGUAUAAGGAGGUUGUGGGUACGACUCCUAAUGGCAACAAGCUAAUUUUAAAUGCACGUACAUUUUACUAUGAAUUCAACAAACUGCCCCUUCUUCUGAAAAUAAUGUGAAAAUCCAAGGAUGGUUUUGGUGGAUUUUGUCGCCGGCUUCAGGCUCACUUUGAGGUUCAUCUUGGUGGACGUGUGUGGAAGGCUAACUGUUCAUCAUUGUGUAAAAAAACGGUUUUGUGUUGGAGAAGUGUAACACUCUCUGUAUGUUCCGUAAUGACGCUGUUAUUAUGAACAAUAAGAAUAACCUUUGUAAUUUAAUAAACACGCUCUGAAAGACCCCAGGCCGCUACACGUCUUUAAC